AGGUUCCCAAAAACAAGAAAACCCCCAAAUUCUUUCCCACCACCAAUCCUUUAUGAUUCUUCCUUUUCAUAAAAACAACCACAACCCAAUCAGGAUUUUGAUUCCCACCCAAGAUUGGCCUUCACUUUUCACCCACAGGGCAUCUUUGUUUUUUCUCCUAUUAAUCUUGGCUCUCUCCUCCUCCUUCCCCAUUGAAGCCAUGAAGGUCCAUCCAAUCCCCAAGAGGCGCAACAUCUCCAUCCAGUACCAUUCAAGAAGCCCACUCUCUGAAGCCCAGGCCCUCCUCGGCCUCACCCACAAGAAGCUCCGCCGCCUCCCCCAUGUCUUCAGCCGCGUCCUCGAGCUCCCUUUCCGCUCCGACGCCGACGUCCUCAUCGAGGAGAACCCCGACUGCUUCCGCUUCGUCGCCGAAACCGAGAGCUUCGGCCACGACGUCAGGGCCCACACCGUCGAAAUCCACCCCGGGGUGACCAAGAUUGUCGUCAGGGAAAGAGGGUCCGCGGCGGAGCUGACGUUGGACGAGCUGGAGCUGGACAUGUGGAGGUUCCGCCUGCCGGAGUCGACCCGGCAGGAGCUGGCCAGGGCGGUUUUUGUCGACGGGGAGCUCAUUGUGACGGUGCCGAAGAUGGAGGGGAUGGAGAAUUCGGAGGGCGGAGAUGGUGGGGAGGUUUGGGGCUGAGA